CAGUCUAAAAUGGCGGCCUCCGGAGUGGCGGUGAAUGCCGCGGCAAGAGUAUGGAGUCCUUUCAAAGAUCUUCAGAAUGUUGUGGAAGCUGCAAUCCACAAAAGACAGACAGAUGCCAUACACGACCUCGAAGUUAUGUUGAAGAGGCACAAAAAUGAUUUCCUCACCUUACUCAAAAACAUUCCUAAGAAUGCAACCCAUCGUGAAGCAGUGAAAAAGUCAAACACAGUCGGCUUGCCUAUUCAUGGAGAACAGAGAACACAGACGUUUCCUGACUCCUUUAUUGAAGAAGCCAUAAUCAUAAGUGACCUCUUUGAUUUGAACGAGUUUGCUGCACUGGAACUUUUAAUUGCAGGAGAAGAUAACAGGCCAGACUUUCCAGGUUUGACACGAGGACUUGUAGCUGUUCUACUCUACUAUGAUGGCCGUAGAAGCCUGGUAAAUGCACUUAGGACCCUGCUUUUGGCACUUUCUGGACGAACAUGGACCCUUGGCCUGUCCCCUGAUCUUACAUACCUGACCAACAGUUAUGUACAAAAAUUGGUAGAAGAGAAUCUUACAAACAAAAUUCUUGAUGUGCUGAAGACUAUGAACGUUACAACUGAACUGGACAAACUGCAGAAUAACAGAGCAAUUGGACCUCCCAAACAUAAAAAACAGAUACAGGACAUGUAUGAGGAGAUUCAGGUUACAUGUGCCGAGUGUUUGUUCUGCCUUGCCUGCCAGAAGCCCCUCAGUAGAAACGACACGCUGCAGCUGAUCUCUUACCUCAAGAACGACAACUCUUUACAAGCAGAUGGUUCUCUUACCCCAGUAACACUAUGUGUACUGAUGGCGUUGUUGUACUGUUUUGAUGUGUCUGUACUUGAGAGGGAGGAUGCAGAAGAAAUCACUGGUUCUAUGCCUGUGUUUAGUGAUCCUAACUACAUCAGUGAUGUACACAAGGAAUUGAAGGAUGGGGCAGAAUGGCAGACACCAGAACUUAGAGCGGUUGUACGGUUUGCCUGGGGUGUCAUGUUGAGGCAGUUGUCACAGUAUCCACUAGCUGCUGGUGCUGGGGAGUACUAUGAGGAAGACGAGAUGUUUAUGGAUCUAGCUAUUGAAGGUCAGGUGUUCAGUUUCCUGCACAAAUCUGUGGUCUCUGUGGAAAAACUACACAAAGAGGAGUUCCAUGUGAGAAGACUUCAUGGACUGUUGACAGACUUCAUCUAUUACAUGCCUUUAAAGGUAAAAGAGAUUCGUAACCGUGGUGACGAGACUGCUCGUAUCAUGAUGGCUCAUCUACAAGAAGGUCAGGACCCGCCAGCCAGUCUGAGGAGAGACUUUGAACAUCUCUUGUAUCUGAUAUAUGAGUUGUAUGAAAAAGACCCCCUCAACCUUGACCUUUCACUAGACUACUGGUGUCCUGAACCUACGAGCCAGCAGGAAUCCUUCCAUCAUAGACCACCUCAAAGACAGGUGGCAUUAUAUAAGUUUGUACGAAUGGCUGGGGAUUUGCUGCCAGCAUCACUGUAUGUACCCUACAUCAAAAUGCUGAUUGGGCUUGCUUCCACCACACAGUGUGCUCAACACUGCUACUACUUAAUCAAAAAUAAUGGUAGCACAUCAAGUACAGUAUCCUGGGAUCACAUCUUCACCUCACUGAAUCAAUACUACAACAGUCUGCGGCGUGAGUCGCCACACUCCAGUGAUCCCUCUACCUCAUACAGGCUGCACAGCCGAGUGAUCACACCACAGGAACUAGAAGGCUUGGUAAUGGUUUUACAGCUUGUCAGAAGAGUUUGUGAACAGAGUGAGAACUGUCGUAUAGCAAUCUACGAGAAUCAGCAAUGGUCAGUGGUCAUGUUACUGUUUGGACUGGUCAGCUGUAGUGUACCACCACAGAUGAAGGCAGAGCUAUUAAAGGUGCUAGCAUCUCUGGCUAGAACACCUGAGUAUGCGGCUACCUUGUGGCAGACACUGGAGGGUUCACAGGUCCUUGUAACAGUGCAGCAAGGAAGUGGCAAACAGUCUGGUGGUAUACAAGUUGAACUUGAUGAAGUGGAGUCCAGAAAUGAGGAAUAUCCUAUAACCUGUGCCUUCCUUGAGUUUCUAGCAAUGUUAACAGACACACCCAUACCUGCAGCACUUGGGGCAGGCUCACGAGCACCAGGGUUUGAUCCCUACCUACUGUAUGUUAGAGAUGAUGUUUUUCUGAAGUUUGGUGCCAGAGCUUACAAAAAUCCAGGAGAAAAGUGGGAAGUAGCAGCCUUGUCACUGGGUAUUCUCCGUAAGUUAUUACAGGACUACGAGAUCCAGGGGGAACAUUUUACCGACCAAGUGGUGGAAACUGGCACAGGUCAAACAAUCGUAGCCAAUAAACCUGCAGGAUUCACUCUCAUGGUGAACAUGCUUAGAGAUAGUCGACUUUAUCAAAUGAUUUUACGGAUCCUGAAUGAUGCCAUGAACCACUUUGAAUCUUACACAACAACUCCAGGUCAGAAGAAUUUGGAGAAAGCAGCCUUGCUGUGUCUACAGAUGAUAGAAAUCACCCUGGAGAAGGAGGAACUUUUUGUAGACAUGGUGCGCGAUACAGGGUCUCCCCUGCUAGUCACACCCAUGGAUAGGCUACUUCUCGGCAUUAAUCCAAGAACAGGCAAAGCUGAUUAUAUUGUCACUGUUGCCAAGUACAUGAUGUUUAACAGCACAAUGCCAGAACAUACCCUAGCUGCUAUGAGAAUACUCUAUAUGGUUGGUAAAUCUAGCACCAUACAGUCCGAUCUAGUCACACUCUUCACUGAAAACAAGGAAUCCAGCGAGCAGUUGUUGCAUGGGUUUGUUGAAUGUCUCGACACUGACGACCCAGAGGAUGAUACCCAGGAAGAACAGGUAGAUGAGGAUACAGAGGUGUCCAGUAGUAAAGUCCGCAACUCAACGAGACAGUAUCUACUUAAACUGAUGAUCAACUCCCUGGAACAACCGGCACCAAAUCUUGCUCACUUCCUUCUUGGUUUUGAGCUGAGAAAACCUGUCAGCAAGACCAACUUACAAGAUCAGGGUGUUCUCACAUCACCGAAGACAUGCCUUCAUUCUGUUCUGACCAUAUUAACACGAGGUAUUGGUGCCGGUACUGGGCCUCAGUGCCUUAUAGAAACUCCAAAACUGGCUGAGCUGGGAUACAGGCUGAUCUACAUGCUGGCGGCCAACAAAGAUGCGUCUCUACCGACAUUACGGUAUCUCAGGACGUCCCAUGAUUUCCUGUAUAGACAGUUACAACAUCUUCCAUAUGAACAUAAAAAUUACAAGCAUUCGGUUAUGAACCACCAGUCGUGGCUUUUAAAGACAGUAGCAGUAGAGUUGAGGGUCACUUCUAUAAAUAGACAGCGCUCACAUACACAGAGAUUGAUGAAACUUAUCCUUGAUGACUAUGAUGAAGAUCAGACUUCAGUGUUACAGCCAGUAGGUCAAGGCCCAGACGAGUCUGAAUACUUCUCAGCAUCAAGGUUGGGAGAUCUAACAGCUUCACAAUACACCAGGACAGUCAAAGGUCGACAGUAUAGACGAAGGAUAAUGAGUUUACUGGACACGGUUCAGUUCAGUCAGCAGUAUCCAGACCAAAUACACCUGGAGUUCUUUGACUACCGUCUGAUACAGCAGGUUAUAACGAGCGUAGAAAGGAAGGAUGAGGGAGGUGUCACAUUCUACGAUGUUAAAUCAUUAUACCGUAUUCUAAUGAAUGAACUCAACAAUUUACAGGGGACCACAAUGGCAGGGCAAAGGCAGAUGAUUAUUGAGGAAAUUGAAGGUAUUCUGCGGAUGGUGAUAGAACGUAACAAGGUAUGUCAGAGUCUACAUUCAAAGCAUCAGGCGUUUGACUCGUGGCGACAGGUGACUGAGAUUAUACUGACAGCAUGUCCCGAGGAUCUGCUGCAGGGAGAGACUAGACAAACUGUACUGUUUGAACUAUUGCAAGAUCUACUCAUGAAGGUUGCUGAUGAAAAUGCUUUACCAGAGUUAACUGCCCCUGUUGCUGGGGUUAUCCUGACAUUGAUGGCCAACCUACGUCAGUGUUUUGUCUCAGAGGACCAGGACCCCUCUGAGAAAGAGCGGCGUGACUCCCAGUACAUCACCCUGCUUGACAGGUCACAGACGGCUGCUAAGUCUGUAUCCUGGGGUCAAGGGUCGGGGUCAGGUUCUAGAACCCUGUUUGCCACAUCUCUUCAGAUGGUAUUGAAGGGCAUGAUAGAACACAUUCUUAGAUCUAGUGGAGGUCAGCAAAGGGUGCGAGCCAAGUUGUAUGGAGCCCUGUUGUAUUACUUACAGAUAGCUAACAAACCCAAGGUAUCACAGACACAUUUACUAGAUGAAGCUGCAGGAAGUGUGGAAUCACGACUACUAGCUGCCAGUGACUCGGAGUACGAUCAGUUACGUAAAGAAAAUAUCUCUUCUAUUUUGUCUUAUGGUGAUACAUUCAUGGACUUGCUGUGUAGAGAUGCUUGUGAUGGUUUGGAUGUGGGGAGGAUGUUGGCAUUGUCAGUUCUGGACUGUAUUCUGAUGAUGGACAAGUUUAACCAGUGGCUUACAUUUAUAUCAUCGAAAGGAUAUCUUCAGCAUUUGGUGGACAGUCUCUCGGCUGAUGAUGAUAAAUUAAUGUCAGUACUGGCUGGCAGUGUGGACAACCUGAAAGUGCUAUAUUUAUAUGAAUCUAAACUGAGUUUACUGACUCGUGCUGCAGAAACUGCAGUUGGUGCUUCAACAUUGCUGCGCUGUGGAGUAAUGGAGCAACUUGCUGCAUGCUCAUUCUUUGAUAUGAGGCCAGACAUUGACAGGGGUCAGACAGUAUAUGGAAGUAAUGAUGCAUUUCUACCAGAUCCAGUCUCGAGAUACCGACAUCUACUGUUUACAUCAUUACGCUUUUGUCUAGCUCUCCUUACUUCUCUUGGGGUAGAAAAUAGAGAAGCAGGUAUUCAGGUGAUGCAGUUUGUAGUUGCCCAUGGUGAUAUAUUUCAUUCUAUCCUGCUAGACAGACAACAGGCACUCAAUCUGUAUGCUCUACAAGAACUCGCUUUAACAACAGCUGUUAUAUCAAGGGCAAAUUGCCAAGAGGAAGACCAAUAUGCAGAGGUUGAUUCUGCCGAGAUCGAGUUCAGAGGUCAUAGGGUGCGUAUCCAGCGUCACAUGGUUGCCUUGCUGCCAAAGUACUGUGUCUCAGAGAAGCUUAACAAGCAGUUGAAAAACCUGGAUAUUCAACAAGAAGACGAAAAACGAGAUUUAAAAGCCGAGGUGAUGCAAGCCUACCUGGAGGUCGCCACUAAUGUUACAUCAUAUUGUAGAGCUCUUGUUUCUAAUUCAGGACCCAAUGUACAGUAUUGCCGUGUUCUGUUUUGGCCUAAUCUUGAAGAAGCAAUGGCAAGAGAUAUACAUGCUAGUGGUGAUUUUGCAUUAUCAACAUUAAGUCCUGCACAAGUACCAAACCUUGGUAUAGUGGUGUAUCAACUGAAGCAGUGUACAAAUCACUUUAUGAGGGUAUAUGAGAACAGGAAACAGCACCUUAGUAAACUAGAAGGUCUCUCCGACCUUAGUGUAGAAGAUUUAAAACAGUUUUCCACAAUAACUGGGGAAGAGAAGAUGUCGUCGCAGGUACGGCAGGUUAUAGCGAAGAAAAGGUUGUCUCAACUGAUUGCAUACAACUACAAGGAACUCCAGGCUUACUCGUAUAUAAUUGAGAACAGUUUGUUCCUGUUGUGGCGCCACCUAGAGUACUACCUGUUACACUGUGUCCCUGCUGAUAAAGGACAGUCUCAGUACCAAUCACAAGCCCGGAAACAGCUACAAAUGAGAAGACUACAAGAUAUUGUAGGUAUUUCGCAAUCGCCUAUGGAAAGAUCAGGAUCUGGCGAGAACAUUACAGCUGGCUUUGACCUUGGAGACUCCAGACAACAUGUUAGACAACAGGAUAUUGACACUCUAAAACAGGCUGCCAUCACUGUGCUGAGUGAUUCCCUCUUCAAAAAAAUACAAGAAAUCAAUGUGACAUUUUGCAAGAGUAGAAGUCAUUAUGGUUUUGUAGAAGCCGUGAUAAGAAGAAUAAAACGUCUUCUACGUCUACACACUGGCAGCUGAUAGUGGUCAAGAUAGUAUCAGAAUUACUAUCAUUGAAUGAAAUGUAACAGACAGUUAAAAUCACCAUAAUAGUGAACAAACCUAUCAACGACAUGCAGACAAGAUUAAACUACUAAUGUAUAGUGAAACCCGUACCACAUACCACUUGCUCUAAACACUGCUAGUUUUAUUUCUGACUUAAACAUUUGCAGAUAAACCAGUGAAUAAAGACAAAUGCAAAUAUUGCUCCAGAAUAUAUGUUUUCUUUAUAUGCAAGUUUAACUUUGAUUAAAGUGAUGAUUUGUGUAGACAUUUUCUAUAUUCUGCACCAAACAGUUCUUACAAUUUGUGUAAAACGGAUGACAUACAAUGUAUUAACUUUUUCAAAAUCUGAAAACUGCUGUAAGAACUUCAAUAAGAAUGCUGAAUACAUGCAAAAUGUUUGUUUUCAGUUUCAGUUUAUGCUUAUUGACUGUCGCAUAAAAUGUGCAGACCUUUAGGCCUGGAUUAAAGAAUUUUGAAGAAAAACUAUUUUUCAUUUCUUAUAAAUUUAAAGUUUUGUGUAAAAGUUAUGAAAAUGUUCAACAUAUUUGAUAUCAGACUGCACCUUUUAUCUGUAAAUUGUUUGAUGCAGACAGCCAAACCAGAAUGACGGCUUCUGUCAAUAUCAAAGGUCAUUGAGGAGAACUGUAUGAAAUACUGUGGCUAAAUGAUAAAGCUAUGUUUUCAUUUUAAUAUGAAAGUUGUAUAUAAAUUGUAUAAGAAAUGAAUUUUUGAAAUAAAAAAUGAUAAAAGGGAAAA